UCGGAGGUAAAGAGCAAAGUGCCACUACCCAUGGAGACAGAAAGUGUUCUUGAAAACAAAUUUCCACCAGAGAGGAAUGAAAAUCGUGCCCUACCUUCACAACCAGAAACACGUGCAGAAGGCAUGACACAUCCUCUUGAGAGAGAGAAUAAAAAAUCUGCAAUCAGUGGUACACCAGAAGUUCAUAUUCUUUCAUUCCAUUCGUCAAAACCAUCUGUUUAUCAGGUAGAAAACGUCUUUAAAGAUGUUUACGAGGAGCUCGCCAUUCCUUCAAAUCCAAAAGCGAGCGCCGAUCAACAUAUCAACAUCCAAGACUACAUCAUGAAGCACAAACCAGAAUAUCUUGUGCUUGUGUCUGACUUGGAGUAUAUUCAAGAUAUGCUCCACCUUGACAACCAAGUUCAACUUUACAAAGAAAUUGUCAAGAGCUUCAGCUUUGGUGCAAAACUAGUGUUUAUCAUAACUGUAGACAAAAACUACAGAGAAGGGUAUUUGAUUUCUGACGUCGUACACAUUGUAUUCACGACCUUGAACCAAGACAUCCCGGGGUCAGAGCAGCCGAUGGUCAUGUCAUGGAACACAACACCAUGGUCUGUCCACAAAGACGCAUUGGUUCAGUUACUGAGUCCCUAUGGAAAUGUACAGCGGGCAACACCACAGCAAUAUGGGGCCACCGGCAAAUACGACCCAAUACCAAGCGUUCCCUCAGGCACUCAACCUGAACGUGCACCAAGGGGCUUCUACAGGGCAUCUAUCAGCUAUGGUCGUGUAGUUGAUGUAUUGAAGUCUGAACCAAGGGGUUGGAAACCCGAUGAAGGCGACCUGAAUAACAUGCUUAUGAAACAUGGAAGUGCAAAAAAAGCUAUCAUUGAAUUCUGGGACAAAGGGGAUGGAUGCGGACUACAAUGUGCUGUUCAUCGAAGUGAAACCAAGCUUUACAAGAUCGCUGAAGGAGUUGCUACAAACAAGCAAUUUAUAACUGUUUAUUCCUAUCACGCCGAUGAAAAAACUAUGGACGAAGUAAGGAAUUUCGUGCAUCACGUGGGUGCUCAUGAACUUUUACCAUGUCCAUCUAUCGAGCCACUCUCCUUGAUGCACGAAAUCAAAUUCAACAAUCCAGAUUAUGUGAUGUUUUCUGCUGACUUUGAUGUGUUAGGAAACGCACAUGAAGUGAAGAAAUUGAUGCUAGAACAAGGGCACAAUAUUAAGGACAUCAUCGAGAAUCAUGUCGGUGCAGCGCAGUACGCAUCCGACAAGGGAUAUUUGAGGUACAAAGCAAUAAUAAGUUAUUCUAAGGUGACUCAAGUGUUGGAAUGCGAUCCUCCAGACUGGAAACCUGAUGAAGCAAUCUUGAACAAAGUACUUUUUGAAAAUAAGAAAGAAAAAAAAGCCCUUCUUGAGAUAUGGGUUAACAAAGCAGGCGACAUCUCGUUCAUCACUGUAGCAACAGAAUCAAAAAUUAAAGUAUUAAAAGAUACUUUCAGCGGUUAUUUGGGAUAUUUAACUUCUUCGUUUUCUAAGAAGAAAAAAGACGAAAAGAAGCCCGAUACAGAAUACUCUGUAUGA